GUCGGUGGAAGUCCGAUAGGAACUGGUGACAUACAAACUGCAAAUUAAAUCCUCUUUCAAAAACGGAGAAAAAAGUGCCUGGAUUUGUAGACUGUACAGCUUCAUUGGAUGGAGACUGACAGAAAGCGCUGGUGCUGUGGGUGGGACUGACGAGUCCCCUCCCUUUCCCAACUGGUAUGGUGUCGCGAACUACUGUUUAACGAUGCAGAGAUUUGGCUAAAAGUGGCGUUGUGUUUCUUCAUCUUUUCCUUAGAAAAAGGCAGGCGAACAGGUUUUGUCACUGUGUGAUUCAUUCUAAUGACCCUCCACUGCAACUUCAGUAUCUCAAAUCGAUGUAAUGUGAAUGGUAUAAACAAUGGGGUUAUCAUCAUCCCAGUGGUCCUUGGGAUUUCAUCUGUGGUUCUGAUCUCUAUAAUCAUAUGGAAGACUUGUAAAAUGAAAAAGGAGAAGGACCGUGCCCCAGUUGUCCUCCUGCAAGACAAAUCUGAAUCUGGAUAUCAAUUGGAGAAUGAAAAUGGAUUAAUAUCCAAUGCAAUCGAACGGAUUCUGGCAGCCAAGGAUCCCUCUCUAAAGCGGUGGGAAAUGUCACCAGACCAAAUACUUGGCAAUUUGGAAUAUAUGCAGAGUGGGAGUUAUGGACCAAUUUAUACAGCCAAUAUCCUCUGUCCAGAUGGAACUGGGGAAGUGAGAGCUGUGUUAAAGUCUCUUCAUGACAAUGCAGGUGCAAGCGAAUUGAGUGACUUCUUGGAGCUGCUGAAGUUCCACACAAAGAUCUGUAAUCAUGAGUCCAUUGUGAAGCUGCUGGGAUGUCAAACUGAGAGAAUGCCCCUGUACUUGUUCCUGGAGUUCAUGAGUGGGGGGAAUCUAUUGCACACCUUGUGGAAACUUCGUGAGAGUGAAGCUCAAGGUGGAGAAAGGGAAUUUAACCUCACCAAGCGAAGUGCGUAUAGCAUUGCAAAGCAAGUAGCAUGUGGACUGGAAUAUCUGACAACAAAGCACCACCUAAUCCACGGGGAUGUUGCUGCCAGGAACAUUUUGAUUCACAGCGAUCUCACUGUUAAGCUAACUGGCCUGAGCCUGGCCUUUGAUGUUUACAAAACUAGAACUCUGUCAUCCCACAAAGCAGCCCGGGUUCCCAUUAAAUGGCUUGCACCGGAGCGAAUCAUGAAGCUGCCAAUCACAGAAAAGAGUGACACGUGGUCAUUUGGGAUUCUUGUCUAUGAAAUAAUUACUCUGGGUUCUCCUCCAUAUCCUGAGUUUCAGCCUCUAGAAGUUUUUACAAAACUGCAGAGAAAUUACAGAAUGCCCAAGCCAUCUACCAGCAGUAAUGCUCUAUAUGACUUGAUGAAACAUUGCUGGCAGUGGAAAGCGUAUGAUCGUCCAAACUGGUCAGAAUUGAUCAAUAAACUGAAUUCCUUGAUGAAUACAGCUGAUGGAGUUGAAUUGCUACAGGUAGCCGACAGCCUGGACCUGGAAGAAUACAAGCAUACUGCUGGGGUUUUCUAAUGAGAAGGGUGCGCAAAUGCAGCUGGACUAGGACCGCUUCAGAACUGGAAGUGGUUGGAGCUAUGUGCUCAUUACAGACCCAUGAGUGUUAAUCUCAGUGGCAGUAUACUGACUGCUAUGUAGAAUUGGGAAUUGCACUCUGGAGGCCAUUACCAAAAGAUGUGAAUGGUUUAGAUUAUGCAAUGGAUUAAUCCAACACUGGGUUGUGACUGCAGACUUGGAGGAACUUUCUAAAGAUGAAGAUACCAAGCAACAGAAGGUUACAUUGUUGUCGGUGAAAUUCAGUGAUUGCUUGAAUGUAAUACAGAGCAACUUACAAAACCAGAUUGUUUUGUUGCAUUGCCCAUAAACAGAUCAGAUCAGGCAUUUUUAUAAAAGGAAAGCAAAACUUCCAAGGUCAGCAAGAGCAGGAGAGUUGGGUGCUGGAAUUUGGAAGGUGGCAUGAGCAAAGAAAUCCAGAGCUGAUCUUGAAAUGCUGCUUCUGCCAUUCCACGUUAAUUAGAAUGUUCCAUUAUGAUUGCAAUAGAAAGCAGACAUAAAUUAACCAGAUUUAAAUUUCUUUUCUGCAAGUUUAUUUAGAUGUAUUUCUAUGUAAUAUAGGAACUUGUAAUCUUCCAAGUGUUUCAAUCAAAGCUGCCCAUCACAAUCCCACCUCUUGGAAGAAAAUUCACCUAGCGUUACAGUGCGAGGUUGAGAUGACUCCAGAAUUUCUCAAACAUUCAGUAAAAACCUGCUUUACAAGUAGAGUGGUUGAAGCAAAAAAGAAACUGAUAAUCCCUAUUAGAAAUCUAUAGCGGACAGUUUAGUAUGCUGGAAAAGACUAAUUAGUGCAGUGUAUUGUUUAAAUAUCACUGAAAGUGUAGAGUUAAUACUUAGAAGGUAGACUUUACCAUGCCUUGCCUUUUAGAUAUUAACUCUAACACUUUCAGUGAUAUUUAAGGCCUGUAUUCUGAACUUCUUGCUACUCCCUGCUUGUGACAAUCACACAUCCCCCUCUAGAAUAUUCCUCUUAUUAGACAUUGUUAAUUCCAGCAUCCUAUAUCUCUGUCAAAAUACCUGUAUGUAAGAGAGCAUAAUGCCAGAAGUUCACAUGACAAACGUUGCUGUGAUUGACCGCUAAGAGGAAAAUGUUUUUUUUAUCCACCAUAAAUAGAUACAUACUUUAUUGAUCCCAAAGGAAAUUACAAUGUCACAGUAACAUUACAAGUACACAGAUGAACAAAUUUACAAAUAUUGGAAGAGAAGUAAGAAAGAAUAAAAGGACAAGUUACCUCAAACACUCUAACAGGAGGAGUUCAUUACUUCCCCGGCUAUAGGUUGACUCAUUAUAGAGCCUAAUGGCUGAGGGUAAGAAUGACCUCAUAUAGCACUCUUUGGAGCAGUGCAGUUCUCUUAGCCUAUUACUAAAAGUGGUCCUCUGGUCAGUCAAGGUGGGAUGCAGAGGGUGAGAAAUACUGUCCAGAAUUGCCAGGAUUUUCUGGAGGAUCUGUUGUUCCACCACAGGCUCCAGUGUGUCCAGUUUGACUCCUAUGACAGAACCAGCCUUUCUAAUCAGCUUAUUGAGCCUAUAGGCAUCACCCAUAUUGCUGACAUUGCCCCAGCACACCACCACAUAGAAAAUUGUACUGGUGACAACAGACUGAUAGAAUAUGUGAAGGAGAGGCCUGCAUACUCCAAGGGACCUCUGUCUCCUCAGAAAGUAAAGGCGACUCUGACCCUUCUUAUACACAGCCUCUUUGUUGGUGCUCUGCUCAAGUCUGUCAGUUAAGUGCAAUCCCAGUAAUUGUCGGUCUGCACCACAUCCACGUCCUCACCAUCGAUAGUAACACGGAGCAGUGCAUCACCAUCUCCUUUGUCUUACUGAUAUUGAGCUGCAGAUGAUUCAGCUUGCACCAUUUGACAAUGUCCUCCACCAGGGUCCUGUAUUCAU